AUGACAUCCCCACCAACCCAAAUGUUUGCGGUUUGUGACGAUGAGGAAGAAUCAUUGAUGUCAACAAGAACUCGUUCUGCUCGAGAAAUAGACCAAAACGAGUACGAUACUCCAUUGUCACCGUGUUCGCCACUUCAUCAUGGUGAGCCCAAUCUUGAAUUGUCACUAGCCCUCUGUUCAUCAUCAAUGUCAUCAGCGGAACAACCUCCACCCGCACCCCCAUCCCCACCACCACCACCAGAGAACCCUCCUGAACUCCUAAUGUUUCAUCCCUUCUACAUACCACAACCACCAUCACCACCACCACCACCAGAACCACAACCAGAACAACCACCACCACAACAACAACAACCAGAACAGCCACAACCGCAACCGCAACCACAACCAUCACAACCACGUCGCCCCCGUAGAAACCCUACACAUGCACCAGAACCUGGUAAACCUCUAACCAUCCAACCACCAUUCCGAUGGGCAACAAACCGCCGUGCUCAAGUCCACAGCCUCAGAUACCUACUAGCAAGAGGCAUCGACACCAUCUCUGGCGAAGUACAAUGCAAGCGUUGUGAGCAAAGGUACGAGAUUGAAUACAACCUUAAAGAAAAGUUCUUGCAAAUCGCCGUCUAUAUAGCCAAGAACAAGAAGAGUUUCUGUGAUCGAGCUCCACCGAAGCUGUUAAACCCGACGCUGCCGAGGUGUAAUUUCUGUCAUCAAGAGAACAGCGUGAAACCGAAGAUUGCAGAGAAGAAGAACUCGAUCAACUGGUUGUUCUUGCUUUUGGGACAGAUGUUGGGGUGUUGCACGUUGGAACACUUGAAGUAUUUCUGUAAACACACCGGGAAUCAUCGAACCGGGGCUAAAGAUCGGAUCCUUUAUUUGACAUAUUUAGGGUUGUGUAAGCAAGUCGACCCGAGUGGACCCUUUGCAGUUUUUACAUGA